CAGGGUUUAUUAUAGACACAUCUCCAUCCAUGCUCCGAAGGAGCAAACAUGAGCGAAUGGAGUUCUUCCACCAAGCUAGAUAUGAGGUUGAAAAUCUAGUCAAGGUCAAUAAGCAGAAAUUGUAACGAAAUAUGAUAGAAUCGGAUACCCUUUGAAGUACUUUAUAGCAACUACCGACAUCAAGGAUCCGAUUAAAUCCAAUUGGGAACAUCCUAAAGAGCACUGUUUUAGGCAGUUAGAGUACUUUGACCAUAAAAUGAGUGAGACCAAUAUUCGGAAAGCUAUUCGGAAGCUGUUGAUAACUAUGAAUUCAUAUCGAUAUCUUAACGGAGCAGAUAGUCCCACCCAUGGCAUGAAGAUCAGUAGGUUAAGGCCAUAUCUUGUUGCUAUUUUUACAGAUGAUCAUUCUAUCGAUGAGCUAGAUCUAUCUCUUUUUGAGAAUACUAAAACUAGAGGAGAAGGAUAUUAUUCACAUUUGUACAGGGAUGAUAUCACAAUGCAAGUGUAUGUCUUCACAACAUGCCCUCUCAAAUGCAAACGGAAAUGAGAAAGGAGGUUUAAAGAUCUUAAGAACGAACUCGGCAUUGAGUACAUCAUUGUAUCCUCCUUUCAGGAUUUUAAGACUCUUUUUAAGCAAAAUACCGCUAGAAGGGUAGAUAUGAAGCAAUGGAUGGCUGAUAGUUAUAUAAAGCCAAUGAUAACUCCUACCUUGACUCUCAAGAGCGCUUUCGUAGAUGACUUUGAUCAGAUCAGUGAUCAAGAAUUUUGAAUUACCAAAGUGAAUAUUGGCCCUAAGAUUCUCCAACUUUUAUCCAUAAUGAAUAAAUCUCCAAAAAGCCAUCUGAAUGAUUGCAAUGAAAUAGGACCUGAUGGAAGAGCUUCAGAUUUUUGGCCAAUUCCCGAUGAGUUAAUGAUAACUCCUGAGGUGCAGGACAUACAGGAAAGAUCAUCUAUUCGAAAUUUGUACAUCAAAACCCAGCCCCUUGAAAUUCUAGAAGUAAACUUCUCUAAUAUUGAAAUGGAGAGGCCAGUAAAGGCUCUCUUUGAAUCUAUUGACAAGGAAUUUUCUCUUAACAAAUCCCAGCUUGGAAUAGGGUACGAAACCUUUCAGAUUACUAAUUACGAAUUCUUGGAAUAUAUCGCAGCCCAGAAUUUGUGGAGCGAGAAAUGGAUCAGUAGCACUAAUACAAAAGAGAAAAAGCCAUUAUACUUCGAAGCAUCCUUUUCUGGAGAUAAUCAGUACCAAUCUUCAGCCUUGCUAGUUCUUUCUAGAAGGAACAUCAGAAUUCCUGAUGAGACUGGUGAGAACGCUAUUGACCCAAGAAAAUGUCCUAGAUUGCUAAACAUGCCUUUCAAAGCAGAGCUUGUGAUCCUUCCAGUUAGAUUUAAGGAGUUCUUCGUCUUAUUAAGAGUCCGUAAAGAAAUAGAGAAGCAGACUAAUCAGGAGUUUUACCUCAAGCCUUGGCUUGAGCUUCUCCAGAAUUACAUUCGAAAGAUUCCUCCUUAUUAUAAUUUUUACAUCAGAAGAGCUCUUCUGAAUUUGAAGUAUAAGGAAGUUGAUGAUCCUUUGAAGAAGAUCAACGAGAAGUUUAUUAGUAAAUCCUUAGAAAGUAAAAUAGAGAAAAUUAUCCAAGAGCAGAACAGUAAGCUCUAUGAUAGAGAAAGUGUCUACCGCAUCAACCACAAGGAGCACAAUGAUUUCGUGUUCGGUGACUUUCCAGACUGCUGUAAAAAUUUGAGGCAGUUCUUACCGAAGAUACAGUCUUUAUCACAGACUAAGAUGCAACAAAUGAAGAAUAAAUCUAAUCUGAACCUUGCCAAUCCCUUCUCAUUUGAUAGGAAGAACUUGAUACUCACCGUUGGAGCUAUAGUGAAGGAUUUCCAAAACAAGCUAUGCAUUGAGCCAAAUUUGGAUGUCAACAAGUACAAUAUCUCUCAGGAUAUUAUGGAACACGAGAAAGACUUUAAGAAGAAGCUCAUAGCGGAAGAUGACCAUCACAAGCCUAUCUUCGUUAUGGGAUCUGUCCAAUACUUUAGGAAAUACCCUGUGCUUAAGAGUAUAAAUAUUAGUGAUAAGGAGUGGAAAAGAUAUACCGAUAUAUCCUUUGGAAAUUUGUUCACAACUUCGUUAAGAGCGAAGUACCAUAGUGGCCAGGCUUUAAUGAUCAACAAUAACCUUAUUGAAGAGGAUGAAACACAAGAAGUUGAAAGCGUAUUUGUUUUUGAAAAACUUGAUCAGGAAAUGGCAGAAGAGAAGCACUCAAGGCCUAAUAAGCAAGAAAAAGAAGUACCUUUGGAUCAAAAAUCUAAACCUUCUGAAUACAAUACUAACAGCUCAAAAACUCAAAAAUUAUCUCGCCUCUUAAAGUCCUCAAAUUCCGAAACAAAAUCUCAUAAAAGUCCUAAAGGGUCUAAAAAGCUUCAAAAAGAGCAUAAAAAUGUUCAAAAGAAUCAGAAAUCCCUGCAAAAGCCUUGUAAACCAGCCAAGCCGUCUAAAAUUAAUCAAAAAUCUUUGACUGAAUGUCUUCUGGACUACUACAAAAACACGAGUCUUACUUUGAGGAUUAAAUAUGAGGUGUUAAAGAUAGCAGGAGAUUUAAAAUUACAGCGCAAACUUCAAGAAUGAAGUAUUGAUGAGUAUGUGAUCAGAGAUGGAGGGUCGCUUGACAAGUUUCUCAAGUGUUUCCCUAUUUUUAGAGAGAUAAAGCCGAAGUUUAUUAGAAAGGAAGUGGUCAACCGCUCUCUUGCAAAUCUAAAGCGGCUGUGUUAAAGUUGAUUCCAGAAAUAUCAAG